AUGUUGGGGCUUGCGGCCUAUGGGAGCAGCAGUGAAGAUGAAGCUGAUCCCAAUCCAAUUUCCACCAAGACUAAGAAAGAAACAAUAUUAGAGCAUGUUUCCAUGCCAGAUUCUGACAGACCUAUCUUCGGUCCAUCGCAUGAGAGCCCUUACGAUGCACAAAAAUUCGCACCGAAUCACUAUAUGACACUGUCGGCAUCUCGUUCUAUAAUUCAUGAUUUAACACUUCCUCCUGUCCCGAAUUUAGACAUCCCUCCAUCACCUCCAAGCUCGCCUGACCCCUCCGCAGAUGCAAAGUUUGCCCAUUUCUUGUCUUUGAAGAAACAGGGUGUCCACUUCAACGAAAAGCUUUCGGGUUCUGCGUCCUUGAGAAAUCCCAGUUUGUUGAAAGCGAUGAUGAACCAUGCAGGAAUUGAUAAUCAGGAACAAUAUCAGGCUUCACUUCCAUCAGCAAUAUGGAAUGCGCCAGGCUUACCAAGUUGGGGGUUCACGGAAGAAAUCAGACAGGCACAACGGGACAUCCAGGGUACGAUGGACGAGAGGAGGUCAGUACGACGACGAGAGGAGAUUCCCUUUGUGGCUGCCACAUCUUCCUUACCAUAA